AUGUCUUCUGUUAAAAUCUUCGAAUUGCUAGAUGUUCUUGACAAUUUGAAACAUCUCAAGCGAACCGGCUGGGUAAAAUGUGGAGUUCCUGAACCAGAAACUGUAGCCUGCCACAUGUAUCGAAUGGCUGUACUCGCAAUGGCACUGGAAGGACAAAUUGAUGGAUUAGAUGCAAUUCGGACUGUGAAGAUGGCUCUUGUACAUGAUAUUGGAGAGGCUAUCGCUGGGGAUAUCACUCCACAUUGCGGAGUUUCUGAUCAAGACAAAUUUGAUUUAGAGAAAAAGGCUAUCAAUACAAUCGCUUCAUUCGUUCCAAAUGUUGGCGAGGAGUGGACAAUGCUCUGGAAAGAAUACGAAGAAGCUUCAUCAUUGACAGCUAGAGUUGUGAAACAUCUCGACAAGUUUGACAUGAUUGUGCAAGCUGAUAAAUAUGAGAAAACUCACGAAAUUGACCUACAACAGUUCUUCACGAGCACAGUAGGCGUUUUGAAAAUGGAACCGUUUGCCACGUGGGAUCGAGAAUUGAGAGAGAAUCGAAUGAAACGAAUCAACAAAGCGGAGUAAUGAAGAUUUAAACUAUUUUUUUAUUGUUAUGAUAUUGUUAAUGAAUUGGUAAAAUCA